AACCCAUUGUUUUCCAUUUUUGUUGGACGUCAUUACACGCAUAUUUAAAGCGCGUGUCCAUCAAGAAUCCCAACGGCGGUCCGUCGAGAAUCCCAACCUUGGUAUCGUAUUAAACAAUGUUCUCCGCUCAAUAUCACCACAAAGCCGAAAGACAAAUAACGCUCUUUCUUAUUGUAUACAAUCAUUGUUGAAACGUUUACAAAUAUAUCAAGCACAUCUACGUUGACCACAGCCACGAGGGACGGAAAGCACGGAAGGACAAUUCAAAGUCUCGGUCAGAGUCAAAUACCAAAACGAAGAUGGAACUUGAUAUGGAAGCUAUGGCGGCAUCGGUCGGGGUAUCGGUUCCGGUGAUUCGGUUCCUUUUGUGUUUAGUGGCGACGAUACCGGUGGGUUUUCUAUGGCGACUUGUUCCAGGUCGACUAGCUAAGCACGUUUACUCGGCCUUUUCAGGAACGUUGCUUUCUUAUCUGUCUUUUGGGUUCUCUUCAAAUCUGCAUUUCUUGGUGCCCAUGUUGUUGGGUUAUGCUGCAAUGGUUCUUUAUCGGCCCAAGUGUGGGAUUAUCACAUUUUUCUUGGCUCUCGGUUAUUUGAUUGGCUGCCAUGUAUAUUACAUGAGCGGGGAUGCAUGGAAGGAAGGAGGCAUCGAUGCCACCGGAGCAUUGAUGGUGUUGACACUGAAAGUCAUUUCUUGUGCAAUAAAUUACAAUGAUGGAUUGUUGAAAGACGAAGAGUUACGUGAGGCUCAGAAGAAAUAUCGGUUGAUUAAGUUGCCUUCAUUGAUUGAAUAUGUUGGGUACUGCCUCUGCUGUGGCAGUCACUUUGUUGGUCCAGUUUAUGAGAUGAAGGACUACCUUGACUGGACUGAAGGGAAGGGGAUUUGGGCUUAUUCAGAUAAAGGACCAUCACCGUCACCUUAUGGGGCAACUUUCCGAGCGCUUGUACAAACUGCUUUUUGCAUGGCAUUGUAUGUUUACCUUGUACCGUAUCAUCCCUUGUCACGGUUUACUGAACCCAUAUACCGAGAAUGGGGAUUCUGGAGGAAGUUGAGUUACCAGUAUAUGUCUGGCUUUACGGCACGGUGGAAAUAUUAUUUCAUCUGGUCAAUUUCAGAGGCCGCCAUUAUUAUAUCUGGCCUUGGUUUCAGUGGAUGGACAGAAUCUUCCCCACCUAAACCAAAAUGGGAUCGUGCGAAGAAUGUUGACAUCCUAGGAGUUGAGUUAGCAAAGAGUUCAGUGGUGUUACCACUUGUCUGGAACAUACAAGUCAGCACCUGGCUUCGUUACUAUGUUUAUGAGAGACUUAUUACAAAGGGGAAGAAACCUGGAUUUUUCCAGUUGCUGGCCACGCAGACUGUCAGUGCUGUUUGGCAUGGACUAUAUCCUGGGUACACCAUAUUCUUUGUUCAGUCAGCUUUGAUGAUUGCUGGUUCAAGAGUUAUAUACCGAUGGGAGCAAGCUAUACCUAGUAAUAUGGCUCUCCUGAAGAAAGCACUUGUUUUCAUGAACUUUGCUUAUACACUUUUGGUUCUAAACUACUCCGCCGUUGGUUUUUUGGUAUUAAGCUUGCGUGAGUCACUUGCCUUAUUCAGGAGUGUGUAUUAUAUUGGAACCAUCCUUCCAAUAGCAUUGAUUCUGCUUGGUUACAUAAUACCUGCGAAGCCUGCCAGAUCUAAAGCUCGUAAAGAACAGUGAGGCUAAAGCCAUACUUCUUCUCUUUGGGAUGAGAUUUGUAACAUUUGUCCUGACCACUGUAAUUUUCUACCACGUUUCAAUCUUAUUAAAUCAUAAGUUUUGGCAUAAACUUUGUUUUGAACGACCUUUAUGAUCAUAAAUGAAAGAAUUUUUUUUUGGUUU